CAACUUGAAACUUCCAGAAAAACACAUGUCUCCGCGCUCCGAAAACAAAGUUGGCAGUGCCAGAUUUUGGGAGAAGUCUGGUACGUUUGUAGCAAACACAGAGCAUGUCUGUCAAUCCACUGUUCUCCGGGCCUGUGCCAAACAAGCGUCCUCCCAUCUACAACAGUGCUUCCCCUGGACAGAGAAGGGCCAAUAUCUUGCGUCAGACUAACAUCAACUCCGGCAACAUGAACGUCCGGGACUCGCCUGCUCCGAGGAAGAGACCUCGGAUUGGAGAAACGGAGACCACCAACGACUCGGAUCCAUUUCAUGACUUUGACAGUUUCACUGAGGACGACUUGGAGUCGUUUGACAUGAUAGCAUCCCAGGCGUUGAGCCAGCAGCCUCACCCUGAGCUUCGCCCACCCACACACACCCUCAAAAGGCCUGCCAGUGCCCCAAAGUUCCCGAAUCAGGCGAAAACAAACCUCAUACCACCAGCGCCCUACAGCCAAACUGUAAACAAGAGCAGCAUUGUAAAUAACACACAACCAUCAAGUAGUUCCGGAUCGUUGCAACAAUCCCACGCCAGUGUUGGUAACGCAAGCUCUAAAUUCUCCUUCAAAUCGACAAACUCACGGGGAGGACGACCACAAGCCCAGGCCCCCUCCGGAUUGGCGAAUCGUACGCCGACUCCAACGUUUCCUCAAGCCCAAAGCACAAGCCACACAAGGCAAAGUAAUAUCACAGGAACUAAGAUCUAUUACUCCUCACAGUAUCACAGUGGAAGCACGCCACCAGGCAGUCACCAGCAGGCUGAGAAUUUGGCUUCAACCAAAACCCAAACUCUCCCAUCGAACAGGGUAACAGGGCCUCAUAAGCACACCAUCCAAUCCAACGUCGGUGCCAAAAUCACAAAUUCUUCUACAUCCACCUUUCCAGCUAGAAGUACUCUACAGAAUCUCCACAUUGACACGAGCAGCCGGAGUAAUCCCGUCCCUUACAAUACAAAACCGGGGGCCAUCUCUAACAACUCUAACAUGGGAGCGGGGUUCCACUCUGUACCCCCUCAGGGCGGGGGACGGAGCACCGCGAGUCUUACCCCUCCCAAGGGGGCGAUAGCGAGGGAAUCGCCGGGUCUACCGUCCACUGAAAGGGACACUGGAUCGUCCCAGAUCGCCACACUUCAGCAGCAACAGGUGGCCAAGUACAAGUCUGAAUGCGAGACAAUCAAGAAGCAGCUGGAGCUCCUAACCAAAGAGAUGUUCAGUAAAGAGGGGGAGAUACAGGUACUGAGACAGAACCUCAACAAAUCUAAGGUGGAGACUAGCCGGCUACAGAUGGAACGCUUACAGGCCGAGGAACAGAGGAAACAACAGCUCAGUGAGGUAGAAAGGGAAUUCAAGAAGGAGAACGAAAGCUUGAAAACCCAACUUCAGUUCAAGGAGGUGGAGCUGAUGCAAGCACAGAGUGCCAGUCAGAACCAUAGAACCAGACCGCCCAUUUCCUCCGGCUUAAACCACGCCCCGACCACACCCACAAAGCAAACUGCAACGCCACCGGCCAGUAAGACUGAAGAUGACAUCAGGGACACGGACAUGUUUCCAACGCAGCAGUCAUUCAUGGCGGACAAUCGGAAGGUCGAGAGGGGUCAACUGAGGUCACCCAGGGUCAGGACACUGUCAGAAGGUCAGCCGGCCCGCAGUAGUCCCAAGAGGAGUCCAAGGCGAGGUUUGGCCAGCAAAAGUCCAGGCAAGGUAUCACCAUCAGUUCUCAACUCCAUUCCAGCCUCAAGUUCUAGCUCCUCUAUCCCAUACGGCAAGCCGCCCAGAAAUGCCAAGAAAUCCUCGUUGGUGUCAGAUAGGCUUCAGAAAGCUUCAUCUGCAGAGGCCCAGCUCAUUGGCAUUUUGUUAGAAGACACAGAGAAGCAAGCCACCACGGCUGGAUCCGUGGGUGGGUUGAUGGGUCUAGUCCAGAGCACUGGGUACGACAGGGUACCACCCAGUGAUGGAAUGGAGGCUGCGAUACCAGGACAACCGUUGCCUGCCAAACCCCAAAAAGUCUCCCCAAACAAGAGGCAGCUGAUUCAUCACAAUGAAAAUUCCUCGAAUCGCAGUGUAGAGCUAGCAACAAAGGCCAUCUCUAACAUCCUGAAUCCGCCCCGCAUCCCACCGCUGCCACCAAAUGUCGCCCGCCAAGUACCUCCCUACAGACCACCAACGGGCAAAUCUCAGGACCUGGAGUUUGAAGACCCUGUGGCCUGCAUCACGGACCUCUUGCCUCUCAUGGAGGAUCAGUUGACCUGCUACAUCGACACGACCCACAGCAUAACCCAGAACAAUGCCCCAGCCCUCUGCUCUACCUGUCCCAGUAGCAGCAGCGGUGGUGGCAGCGGGGGUCGAAGCCUGGAGUCCUCCCUCGACUCUCCCGGAUCCAGCAGUCCCAGCGAGGAGCUCAUGGCGUUAGGCCGUGCCGAAUCGGCAGUGCUCACCUCCUUGACUGCCUUGGGUAAGAUGGUGACUUGUUCUCCCACGGUGCGGACUGUUAUCCUUCAUGCUGGGACCUACAAGGACCCCGAAUCCCCUGGAAGCGAUGAAGACGUUUCAGCCAUGGAGAUAGACCCAUCGGCACCUCUCAUUGAUCCAACUCAAGCUCCGUCUAAAUCAGCCGGCCAUUCAUCCGUCGUCCAUGAGCCCCAACCACCACAGCCGCCCACCGAUAGCUUCCCAGACCGGCGCAGUAAUCAUAUCUUGAGCAAGCUGAUGAGGAUUGCUAGUAUGCAGCACGGGCUGGGCAACUGUGGUGCUGUCGUGGAGUCUUCCGUUUACCUGCUGCGGAUUAUUGUCCAGAAGUCAAACAAGGAGGAAUAUGAAAAGUUACAAUCCCUCCUAGUCCACGACGCUCUGUUCAACGCCAUGUGUCGAGACAGCACCUUCACCCAAGUGUCUCAUGCCCUAGACAUCGUGAAAGCAUUGAGUUCAUCCUGGAAGCUGACUUGUAAGCUGUGUAACCAAUCAGAUUCCUGUCUGCUGCUGCAGUGUUAUCAAUGUGGUGUCCAUGGAUCUCAGAGUUGCAGCAAUCCACAGAAAGUCCAGCUUACUGUCAAGGUGAUCUCUAUUCUAUGGAGGAUCAUAGGCACACAUCACCAGGGACCCACCAUGCUGUUAGACGCUGACUGCCAGUGUAGUCUGGAGCUUGUCAGUGCGGUGGUAUUGAUGCUCAGGAGGAUGUUGAAUGUAAUGCAGUUGACGAUGAGCUACCAGCAUCCCACUCAGUACUGGAGGUACGUCUUGCAUGAAGGCCUGCUGGUGCUUCACUGCCUGGCCAUGCAUGACCGAAACUUCACGGAUCACCGACUGGACGUGGAGAAGGUCUACGUGGCUUUAAUCACCGCGCUGAACAAACUCUACCACAGGCUGCCCGACGCGACCGACAAUGAAACUGGUUUAGUGCAGGACUUAUGGGACUUCGUACAUUGGGAUGAGACAGAGUGGGAACUGGAGGAGGAAGAUGACGAAAAUGAGGAUGAGCAACAGGGCGUGGCCAAGAUGGAGAUGGAAUAGUAGUCAGGUAUGAGGCGGGGGGAGUAUAGUACGAGCAGCAGGGCACAUAAUCGGUACGUUUUUUAAAAAUUGAAUUCCCUUUUCCAAAAUGGGACUUUUUGUGAAUUCCGUCCAUGUACCACUCAAGCACAAAAAGUCGUUGGCCUGCCUUUGUCCUGCAUGUAUCACAUAAACAUAGGACUGACAGAAUAUCAUCAUCAUCAUCAUUGGUCGACUGCAGCUUCACUACUUGUGUCGGGCACGAUGACGGACACGCCACAUGACCUGUUCCAUCAUCAGCGUCCCAAGUUCAUCCGCAGUUGCGGCGCCACUGUCCUCCAUCAGGGCCUUCACCAUGGUUUUGUAUGGCCGCCCAUGAUUCACCCGCCCAUGGGCUGGUUCCCAGAUGAUGACUUUGCUGGCGGGCAGCUCUGGGUGAUGCAGGCAGUGCCCUGCUAUCUUGUUGGUCAACUUAGGACGAAAUAUCCCAAGAAUGAAUACCCAAAGAAAGAAGUACAUCUAGCGUAAAUGUGCCUUAUUAUAAACAACCAAAGUUCUUGAGCUGCGUUCUUGCAGUUUUGCUUCGAAACAUUCCUGAAUAUUCCACAGUCCUCCAACAGACCGAUCUAUUAACCCCUCCCAUUACGCACACAAGAUGUCUUCCUCUCAAAUGCCAGACUUGAGAGGCACACAUGCUGUUGCCCAUGUGGUAGUGUUCACACGGCAUGUAAGGGGGUGUGCAUUUAUGGGUAGUACGGGAAUUGAUUGG